UUGCACACAUCAGAUUAGUGGCAUUACCCAAUUCCAAUUCCCUCCUGCUAACUUUCUCUCUCUCUUUCUUUCUCACUCAUUUUCUUUACACCUGCAGCACAGAGCAAGAGAGGGACAAGAAUGGCUGCUUGUGUGGCUGUACUUUCUCUUAUGAGGACACUAGAGCUUGAGUUCUUGCAGCCUCACCCUCGUCCAAUCCUACAAAAACUGGGACUCAUCUUCCCUUCCAACAAACAGUUGAUCCAAUCUAUCCAUCAAAAUCUUGGUUUUUUGAUGGAGCUGUUUGAUAAGAACAGAAUAGAUGGUGGUGAAGCAAUUAAAGAGUUGGAAACAAAACUUGGAGAUAUGGCUUUCAGACUUGAAGGUGAAAUCGAAUUCCAAAUUGCACAUCUUUAUGAAACAGCACAGGGGGAGGAUACUUGUUUUAAACUUGGUCUUAUUCUGCAACAAGCAAUGAAAGACAUUGAUGCCGUGAAGGAAGGGUUGAUCCAAUCACUCCACCAAAAGCUUGGCUUUCUGAUAUCGGUGUUCGAUGAGAAUAGAAUGGAUGGUGUUGAAGCACUUAAAGACUUGGAAACAAAACUCAGAGAUGUGGCGGCUUUCAGAAUUGCACAUCUUUAUGAAACACCAGAAGAUGCGAAGAAAUCUUCUAGUCCUUGUUUCAAACUUGGUCGUAUUCUGCAACAGGCGAUUGUUGCCAUCGAGGAAGCAUUGGUGAAAAUCAAGAACGAUUACAAGCUGCAAGAAACAAAGAAGAGUGCCCUUGAUGAUGUACCAAGAUCUGAAGUUGAUUCUUCCCAACCUCCUGCAUCAGACUCCGACAACAAAACGGUGGGUAAAGACGAGGAGUUUGAGAUUAUAGAGGAGAAAUCUACUAGUCCUUGUUUCAAACUUGGGCGUAUUCUGCAACAGAUCGAGAAAGCAUUGGUGAAAAUCAAGAACGGGUACAAGCUGCAGGAAAGAAAGAAGACUGCCCUUGAUGAUGUACCAAGAUCUGAAGUUGAUUCUUUCCAACCUGCAGCUUCAGCCUCCGAGAGCAAAAUGGUGGGUAAAGACAAGGAGUUUAAGAUUAUAAAGAAGAUGCUAAUCCAACAUUCAUCAACAAAUAGAGAAGUUGUCUUGAUUAAAGGAAUGGGAGGCAUUGGCAAGACAACAUUAGCUACACAAAUUUAUAGAGAUCAGGAGAUUGCAUCACACUUUGACAUGCGAGCAUGGGGUGUUGCAUCCCAACAUCAUAAUAAGAGACAAAUGCUCCUAGCUCUUCUUAAUUCAAUGGGCUUUGCAGAAAGCUCCAAUGAUGACCUUGAGACAAAGCUCUACCAACGUUUGAAGGGGCAAAGGUACUUGGUUGUGAUUGAUGAUGUUUGGAGUAAUGGGGCAUGGAAUGAUGUGCAACGUUGCUUUCCUGAUGAUGGAUGUGGUAGUCGAGUAUUAAUAACUACUCGCCUUGAAGAGGUGGCUAAUUCUACUUGCUCUAACAAAGAUGAUUUUUAUCAUAAAAUGAGCUUCUUAAAUCAAAGUGAGAGUUGGGAGCUGUUUUGUAAAAAGGAAUACAAAGCUGGUGAUGAUAAAUUUGAGAUGAUUGGUAAACAAAUUGUUGAGAAAUGCGAUGGAUUACCUUUGGCAAUAGUUAUGGCUUCAGGUGUACUUUCCAAAGCCAACACGGUGGAUCAGUGGAAGGAUAUUGCAGAAUCUCUAAACUCAUUUGCAACAAUUAUUGAUGAAAAAUGCUCAACAAUACUCUCAUUCAGUUACAAUCACUUGCCUCCCACCUUAAAAGCUUGCUUUCUAUAUUUGGGAGUUUUUCCAGAAGAUUAUGAAAUCAACACCAAUGAUCUAUCAAAGUUAUGGGCCGCCGAAGGGCUUGCAAAUGCAUCAAAGGGUGAUGAGAGCUUGGACGUGCAAGUUGACAAGCGCAUACAAGAACUUGUUGAUAGAAGCCUAAUUAUAGAAAGCAAGCGAAGUUGUUGUGGGAAAAAGGUUAAGGCAUUUACAAUGCAUGAUGUAUUGCAUGCUUUUUGUGUCGAAGAAGCUCACAAAGAGAAGCUUUUGUAUACUGUCCUUGAACAUGGUUCCACUUCUCCUGAUCAGGAAGGUUUCCGAUGGGUAAGCAUCCAAUCCGAAGAUCCCAACACCCUUGUAAUAUAUCCUUCCUUGAAAAAUUAUUGUCGAUCUAUCUUCUAUUUUCCAUUCUAUCUUUCUGAAACCACAACUCUAAACUUGAAAGUUUUCAAGUUAUUGAGAGUACUUCACUUUGCUAGUGGAAGCAUGUGUAGGGAGAUUGUGGAUCUCGUGCAUUUGAGAUACUUGCCUCCUGCAGUUGGACAGUUUAAAAUUUCAAAGUUGUCCAGGGCUUGGAAUCUUCAAACACUUUAUACCCGUGUGGAUGACAAAAGGAGCUAUCUGGAAUUUCCACAACUGCAAUAUUUUAGUUGUUUCUCUAUUUGUGGACACCCUCCCAAAUUUGUUCAUCAAAACCUGCAGAGCAUUUGUUGGAUGAAGCCUAAUCAUUGCACAGAGGAAUUCUUUAGAAAUGUUCCAAACCUAAAGAAGGUACGAAUUAGUGGUGAUAGAAGUAAAUGCAAUGAUUGCAUUGAGAACCUUGUCCAUUUGGAGCAGCUUGAGCGACUGAAUAUUAAUGCUUAUGAAGAAGAGCAGUAUAUGAGUAUGGAUAUGAUUCCUAUUAAUAACAACAUUGCUCUUUUGUCAAAUCUUGAGAAGUUGACCCUUCGGAAUACCAACUUUGAGUGGAAGGGAAUUAAUAUUCUUAGCAGUUUGCCUAAGCUCAAGGUGCUCAAGUUGUUCUUCUUUGCGUGUGUAGGCGAAGAGUGGGAACUGGAGGAUGAGGUAUUCAGCCAGUUAAUCUAUUUGGAAAUUAAUUCAAUUGAUCUCGAGCAAUGGAAAGCUGGUAGUCAUAAUUUCCCAGAACUCGAGCGCCUACUCCUUUAUCGAUGCAAGAAAUUAGAAGAGAUCCCACCCGACUUUGGGGAAAUUCCAAAUUUGAACUUAAUCGAAUUGAAGGGCUGUCUUACUUCUGUAGUUGAUUCAGCCAAGCAAAUUGAGACUGAUCAAAGAGACAGUGGAAACGAUGAUAUGAUCGUCAUUGAAGAAAAUACAAUACAGCCCAACGACGAGCUUGAGGCUGAUGAAGAUGAUUUUGAUGAACUAUGAUGAAUUUGAAUAGCAGAGGAAGCACAUAUAGCUUUAGCAAAGAGACUCUAAAUUAUAUUUGCACCCAUUUUAUCUUAUUUUAUGUUACGUUAUAUUUAAUCUUAUUAUUGUUAUUUGGGUUGAUGAUUUUGAAUUGCUAAGUUGUUUUCAUCUA